AUGAUGAUUCGUAAUUUAAUUUUGUUUAUUGUUUUGAACUGCGCUUUGGCUUCAAUAAUUGAUAGAAGAUCGAGAUAUCGACGACAGACUUGUGAGUGUUGACGUUGAAAAGUAUUGAAAUUUGAAAAAAAAACAGUCCAAGUAUAGAAAGUCAUGAUUUUUUUGAUUUCAUAAAUCCUCAAGUGUUGAAUAAAAAUGUUUCAAGCACUUUUCUAUUGAUAAUUUUCAAUAUUUCUAAAAAACCUCUCACGUCAAAAAUAUUUACGUGAAAGAUUUCUGCGCCUAAAUUUUUCACGUCAAAAAAAGCUACAUAGGGAAUGUUUAAUUUGUAUUAUUUAUAUCAUUUCAUCAUUUAAGAAAUAGCCCCAAAAAAUGUUUGUUCCAAAAAAUCUCACUUGAAAAAAUUUCACGUCAAAAAAUUCUCACGUCAAAAAAUGUUUAACGUCAUCAACUUUCGCAAAUUUAAUUUUAUACAUUUCUAACUAUGCAUUCAAUAAGAAAUAAACAGUUAAAAAUCACAAACGCGCGCAUUUACCUCAAACUUGGGUAAUUGAACCGACUUUUCUGCAUGCAUAAAAUAAGCCCCGCCCAUUUUACAUGCAAAACAUAGCAAUAUGCAUUGUAGGAAAGUGGUAAUCAUUUGAAAAAUAUAAGAGCGAAAAAAAGUAUUUGAAAUUGAUGUAAUUGGAUGUCCACAAUUAAAAAAAAAUAAAAAUAAAGAAUAAGUGCAAAAGAGGUUGCUGUGUUACAGCAAUCUUUUUUGUUGAAAUUUAUUGAGAUGUUGUUUCUGAAUACAUAUAUAUUUUCUAGUGGUAAACUCAAACGCGGAAACCAAUGGAUCAGGAGACAACGUCGAUACUGAUGCAUCUUCCUAUCAUUUCAAAGAUGAAAAUGGAAUUGGAAUGAAUGUGACUUCACUUGGUAACGCUAGUGGUAAAAAUGCAACAAAUGUUGAGAAUUCUGUGGGCGGAAGUGUUGGAAAUAAUUGUAAGUCUCCCUCUUCUCCUAAUAUGUUUCAUUUUGUUAAAAAAAAUCUCAGCUCUUGCCGCUGCUGCAAACGUUGGUUCAUCUGGAGAUAACUCCAGCUCAUCUUCUGAUAUUUUUGCAAUUAUGCAAAGCGAAAAACGGCGACUUGAGAUGAAUCAAGAAAGUAUUGCCACAGGAUCCGGAGACACUUUCGCUAAAUUCAAUGCCAACGGAAGAUUAGAUGAUGGCUCUCAAAACUUGACAGGUUCUCAUUUUGGAGUAGCAGGUGGAACAGGAUCAGAAGCAUCAAAAUCUGAAGUUCGAGGAAGCCAAACAUUGAGCUUUGAUAGUCUGAUUUCAAAGCUUGCUGGUUCUGCAAACGCUGAAGGAAAAGGAAAUGCUCAAUCUAAUCUUGAUAUGUUUUCUGGAUCAAAAGAUAAUAGUAAGGGGUUUUUUUUUGGAAAAAAACUAUUGGGUGAAAAUUUUUUUUUAAAUUAAAGAUAUGGCAAUAAACGGUAUGAUGUCUGGACAGAAUAGUAAUUCCGGUGAUGUUUAUGCACAAGUAAAUGGAAAUGGGGAAAUCAGCGAUGAAUCUGUGAAUAUUUAUGAGAACAUGUAUGGAAAAGUGUAUGGUUCUGGAAAUUCGAGUUUAGUUGGUGCCGAAUCUAUCAACUCUACUUAUGGAGAUGCCAAACUUUUUGGAAAUUCAAAUUUCCAAGGAAAUGGUGAUAGCGCAUUAUCAAUGAAUUCUGAUUUAUCACAAAAUAAUGAGGUAAUCGAGAGAGAGAGAGAGAGAGAGUCACCCUGUAAAGUACCGUGUAAAAAAAAAUAUUUCAGACUGCUAGUGGAAAUGUGGUUAUAAAUAACAGUGCUCGUGGGAAUGAUACUUAUUUAUCAGGAAGCGAUGGAAUCCGGACAAAUAGUUCAGAAGGAGAGAAUUGUGAGCUAGCUCCUUUUUUGAUCAAAACAAAAUCUAUUUUUUUCUAGAUGCUAUCGGAAAUGGUUAUGUGAAAGGAAUUGGAGAGGAUAAAAACUCGAACGCUACUCAAUACAUCAAAAGUUCACAAGGAGACGAUGGAUCGCUAAGGUUGAUCAAAAUAAUUUUUAAUAUUCCUAACCCAAAAACGUUUUUUUUCAGUGUUUUAUCAAGUAAUGAUGCUGCUGUAGCUUCUUUGAAUGGUCAAGAUUCAAUCAUUGAUUUGUAUGCAAAAGGAAACAUUGUGCAAAAUUCCGAUUAUCAGUCAGGUUUCUUCUUUUUUUCAUGGCUUACUGAAAUCUAUGAUUUUAAUAAAAACAUUCCAGCAAUUUAUUCAAACGCAAAUGGUACAGCAAGUGGUGAUGAGAGUUCGAUUGAAGGUUCAAAUAAUGCAUUUGCAAGUAAUAAUGGAACUGUGAAAGGUGGUGCAAAGGUUUCGGCUAAAGGAAAAGGGAAAGGAAAAUCAUCUGCAAAAUCAAAUGUGAAUGUGAGAAAGAAUAAAAAUGGAACUCAAAGUGAGAAUUAUUUAUAUGGAAGUGCUACUGCGAUUGGGGAUAAUACUUCAGUCCAAAGUUUGUCGGAAAUUAAUGAACUUUUUGGUAGGUUCAUAAUAAUUUUGAGUUUUGAACACCCCAACACAAGAUAUUUCAGGAUAUGAAACGUAUUCAAAUCAUCAAAUCGCAUCUGGAUCAUCGAAAGGAUCUUCAUCAGCCUCGGCAUCAAAUUCCGGUUAUCUAUGA